GGUACUGCUGGAACUGCCAAUCUGUGCUUAUGCAGUUUCUUUCUUUUUGAAACUUACAGGACGGGCCUGUAAAGGGAGCUAACACAGGAAACCCACAGAAUCGGGGGAGCGGGGAGGAUCCCAUGGCCGCUUUCUAGCCUGAAGGGCAAUCUCUCUCUCUCUGGGGGGUAGGGAGGGGGUCGGAGUGCCCUGGCACGGUAACCCACCCACCCCAGUCUCUGCCCAUCGAAGGACACAGAAGCUGCCCCAGCAGGUGAGGGUCGAGCAAAAUGCGACUCCCCCUGUUGUUGCCAAGAUGGUGGCACCUGGCAGCGAAGACUGCAACAGGGAACAGGCAAGGGUUGUUGAAGGGUGGAGGCAAUGUGGACCCAGAGUGGUGGGGUGUCAGCUGCCAUCAGGUUAGCUCAUUUGUGACUAGCCCUGGUCGCCAAAGCAGGGGUCCAGCUGUGUCCGGAGUAAGCAGGCUGAAGAGUAACAAACCUCUCAAAGAGUGGACCCUGAUUGUCAGCCCCUUUGGCCUGCUGAAGGUGAGGCUCCCUUGCCAUGUCACCGUGUGCCCCCUCGACCCACACAACUACCCUGAGGCCGACCGGGUAUUUGUUACAGCGAGGGGGACGAACACCAACCCCCAUCACGGUCCAGAUCUGGAUAAUUUGCAUGUGAAAUAUGAUGAGGCAUUAAAGGAGAUGACGAUCAUCUCAGAUGACAUGGACAGUGCUGCCUCUGUGGAUGUGAGGACCCCCAUAAAAUUUGACUUGGAUAUUAAGACGUCAGGAAACGGCUGUGUGAAGAUUGAGAAAAUAGAAUGUGAUCGCUGCAGAAUAGAAACAGAGAAGGGAACUAGUGUCUUGCGAUCAAUAAAGAGUCAGAAAAUUGACAUUCAGUCUAAAGGUGGGAAAGUGAUUUGCCUGGGAACUCUUCAGGGAAACACUGAUAUUCAUGCGUCACAAGAAAGUAGUGUGAAUAUAGAAAAGCUACAAGGGUCAUCUGUUAACAUCUCUACUAAACAUGGUUUAUUAAAAACCAAAUACCUUUAUGCAGAAUCUUCGUUUCUGUCUUCAGCGGCUGGUGACAUUCUACUGGGGAAUGUUCAUGGCGAUACAACCGUUCAGACUAAAACAGGAGACAUCACAGUGGAUUCCUCAGAAGGAUCCCUAAAAGCUUCUACAUGUCAAGGGGAGAUAGAUGUUUAUAUUAUUAGUCAAGUGGGGAAAGUGGAUUUGAAAACUCGGAAAGGGUCCAUCACUGUCAAGGUACCUGCCACUCUUAAAGCUUAUCUGCAGUUAUCUGGAAGCAACGUUGAGGUGAGCCCAGAGAUCCGGUUGCAGGAUAUCCAGAAUGCAUCCAGAGAGGGCCACGAAACUCUGAUCGGCCAAAUGAAUCAAAAAGAUGAAAAAGGAAAAUGUAUUAAAGCAGAGACACAAAAUGGCACAGUGUACCUCAAAAGUCAAACCUGGUUCCAAUCUGUGCAGUUGAAGGCACCAUGAUGGAGGAAUAAUCCUUCCUUCCUUAAAUCAAGGAACAACAAAGAAGGAUGACUGUGAAAUUAUGUUGGUCCUACUUUGCAGCGAAUGUGUGGAAUCUUACCCAAUGUUUGUAUGUACAAUGCACUGAUGCAUGUUUUAGUGUUUCUGAUUACUCUUUCUAUGGCUUCAAAUUACUACACGCUCAGGAAUCAUGGGGGGUGGGGGGAAAUCUGAUUCCUAAUUUUUCUCUUAGAAAUUCAGAAUGGCCAAACUUUCAACAAACCCUGUACAUUAAAAGCCUACGGAACCCAAACAUAUGUAAACAAUUUUCAUUUUUAACAGUCAGUGCACAUUUUUCAGGAUAUCCUUUGGUUGAAUUACUUAGUUUAGCGGGAUCUACCUGUUUGUUUAGUAAGAAAUCUACCAGUAUGUUUUUCCUAACACAGCAAAUAGCACCUUGGUGGAGCCAUUUAUAAUGGCAGGAAAAGUCAGUAAGUCCCCGACUUUUCCAGCACAGAGCUUCUCAGGAAACACCCAUGGUGGCUGCGAGGUGGCUGCUGCGUUGUAUAACUGACACAGCACCACUGUGCAGCCACCAUGCGGCUUUUAAGCUGUAUUAACAGCCUCCUGUUUUUUCACCUGCCUUUCAGUCUAGCCCAGACAAUGGUGCUGGUUAGAUGGAGGAACAGUAAAUGCCAUUGCCUUCUAACUCACUGGUUCUCUAUCUGCCAGGCAAGCAAGUAGCAGCAAUGUUGAAAACAAGGAUGAGGAACAGAGUAGCUGGUGACAAUUAUUAUUGUAUAUUGUUGCCUGUGUGGGUGUGAGCGCGCACACAAAUAUCAUGUGUGAGUUCAGGAUUAGGGGCAGACUAAGGGGCCUACUAACCUUGAUUCAGCCAUAUGUACCCUGUGUAGCUUUGAAGUUGUUUGCAAAGUGUCGUAAAUAUUAGAAGGUUGAAUAAGGGGAAGCGCUUAGCCAUGUAACUAUAAGGACUCCAUUGUUCUUUUUAAAAUAGUGGAAGAUCGCUCUUCUCUUAAAACAAGGUCCUAUCAUUUCAAAGUUGCGGGGUAUAGUGUGAAGAUAUAUAAUGACCUUGCUGCAACCAAGGAGAUCCAUCGCUGGUCAGUAGAUGAGAGGCUUGCCUGGGUACAGUACGUAUGUUUUCUUACGUUCCAUGAUGCAAGUAAAAAAUAAUUAUUUUUUCUUGAAGAACGUGUGUUUCAUCUUUGUAUUGUAGGUAAUUUGGGACUGACUCACAUGCAAACAGCCAUUUCAGAGAAAAGACACAAUUUAUCUAUGGAGUGUGCAUGUAUAAGUAUCUAGAAACACAUUUUGCCUUCAUUAAAACCUAAUUUCUUUUAAAUACAGUAACAUCUGGGAAAUUCUAAGCAUAUUUAUUUCAUGUUUUUAAGCUUAUAUUGCAGGAAACUACAUAGCAUUGAAGUACAGACAAAUAAUGUUAGUUACUGGUACACAAAAAUACAUUCUGUUUUUCAUGGAUUGAACAAAAGCAUAACAUUUAAUAGACUGUACGUGGGGUGGGGUGGGGGGAAGGUAACAAUAUUUGCCAGGAAUAUUCAUGGUUACUAUCUAAUUAAAAACACUCUCCUUUAAAAGAAAAUUGAACCACAUUUUCUAAUGGAAACAAAAUGACGUUUUUCUUUUAGUUUUCAGACUUGAGAAUUUUUAAAAUAUUAUUUAGCUUCUAGUUUCCUGCUUGGGGGGGGGGCUGU